UCUAACCUUAAAAUCAGUGCAGUCUCUCUCUUCCACUCGUUCCACUUUGUUCUCUACAGAAUUGUUACAAUUUACUUACAAUAAAAGUUCAAUAUUCUAUUAAUUCUUUGUGGGGAGAGAAAUAUUUCUCCUGGGUUUUUUUUAAAUAACUAUUGUUAAUAAGGCAUUUGUGUCAAAUUUCAAAGAUGCCAAAGUACUACUGUGAUUAUUGCGACACGUAUCUCACUCACGAUUCGCCGAGUGUGAGAAAAACUCACUGUCAAGGAAGAAAGCACAAGGACAAUGUGAAAUAUUUCUAUCAAAAGUGGAUGGAAGAUCAGGCCCAACAGCUUAUUGACGCAACAACAGCGGCAUUUAAAGCAGGAAAAAUUGCGACAAAUCCAUUUUCGGGUAAUAAUGGUGCGGCAAUUCCACCACCAGUGAAUUAUGGACCUAGACCAGGACCACCUGGACCAGUGCCUCAAGGACCACCAAUGAUGCCACCACCAAUGAUGAUGGGACCACACGGACCAAUGCCACCAAUGAUGGGAAUGCCACCUCCAAUGAUGGGACCUAUGGUUGGUCCCAUGAUGGGACAAAUGAGACCACCACCAAUGAAAACAUAACUUUCUUCCCCUUUUUAAUUCAAUCGGUGAUUAUCAAUUUUAUAUUAAAUUAUUUUAUAACUCUACAUUGAAUCUUACAUUUUUACUUUAUCGUAAAGUAAAAUUUCUAAACACUUUUUCGUGUUUGUUUCCUCGAUAAUAAAAACAUCUCAGUUUUA